CAUAGUGGCUCACCGCCUCUCCGCUCACUCUCCGCCGCAUGCUGUUCCAGCACAGAGCGCGCUGUUCUGGAGGAGUCUGGACACUGAGACACGCUGUGACAUCUCUUCUCUGUGAUGCUGAUAGACCUGUGAAGAUUAGAAGCAACACCUGAUGAAACAUGCAUAGGACUCUGAAUAGAUUAAGGACGUCAUACAGACUGCCUCUUUGGACUUUUCAACAACAUUGGACCGUUGUAUGAAGUUAAAAGAAACGGAUGGCAAAUGACCAGCCUCCAAACUAGAUUUUAUGGACCAUAGCCAUGGACGUCUAAUGGCUAAACCUUCAAAGAAUGGUUUCCUCUUUUGGGUCAUUGGGAGCGCUGUAGAAUGGAGGAUCCAUUCCAGACAUUCUCUCAAGGGUCUGUCACGCUAAUUCCAAGAAGAAUGAGCAAUUUUCACCAGAUGGAUACGCGCAUGUCGCUACUGAACUGGUCCAAUGGUUCAUUUAUCUGGACGGAGGACUAAUAGGACCCUGAAGAAGAGGAAGUGGCCGUAACUUGACCCAUGACAAAGUAUGUGCAUGAAGAGCCAGGCUGAAGCGGAUGAAAUGGCAAUCGACAGUAAAGUUUUGAACAAAACUUGCUUUGUGGUCUACACCUGGGAAAUAUGAGACUUUAGUCGACAGACAAAACAUAAACAGUUCUUCUUCGUUUUAAUCAAAGACAUACCCUAGUGACUUCAACAAGUGGUUCUGGUAUGUGCGGCAGUUGGCUGAUCUGUUUGUCUUGUUUUUGAUGGUACGCAGAGAUGCCCCAACUUUCUUGAACUGCGUCAUCCUACCCACCUUGUUGUUGAGGUUGUCAGCUGUGAUGCUGCGCAGGGGUCUUCUGGCCUGGCUCUCACGUGUGGGUGUUCUGUUAGUGGUGGUGUGCUGUUGUCUUUCCCUCCUUUAUGUCAUCACUUGCAGCCCCCAUGCUGAUGAGCCCAUGGCUGGGCAACCCCUGCCCAGGGCUGGAGGGAUGGCUAUGCCAGGAGGUCCAAGCAGGCCUGGUGGGGUUGGAGGUGCCCCCAUCGGCCCUGCUGGACGGGAAGGGUUCCAAGCCCUUCUCCAAGAGCGCGAAGAGCAGCACCGGCAGCAUAUUGCCAGCUUGAAAAAACAAAUUGCUCAACUCAAAGAGGCUCUCCAGGAACGGAGCGAACAACUUAAAGGCAUGCAGGACUCUGUGGAGAAGACGGCUGGGAAGGGGACGGUGGGCGACGUGGCUGACGACCACAGUCACAGCGACCUGCAGGAGUUCCUACGCAGCCAGCUGAGCCGGGCAGAGGUGCACUCUGGGGUAAGACUUCCGAGUGAAUACGCCGUGGUGCCCUUUGAGAGCUUCACCUUACAACGCGUCUACCAGCUGGAAAUGGGGUUGACCCGUCACCCUGAGGAGAAGCCGGUGAGGAAGGACCGCAGGGACGAGCUGGGGGAGGUGGUGGAGAGUGCGCUACAUGCCCUCAAUGUGCCAAAUCAAGGUGGAGACCAAGCGAAAGCCAGCAAAGUCUACACACCAUCAGACUUUAUAGAAGGCAUAGCACGCGCUGAGAAGGACAAGGGCACGCUGUACGAGCUGACCUUCCAUGGAGAGCAGAAGCAGGAGUUUCGCAGGCUGCUUCUCUUCCGCCCCUUCGGCCCCCUCAUGAAAGUGAAAAGUGAGCUGGUGGAGACGGCCAACAUGCCCAUUAACAUUGUGCUGCCUCUGUCCCAGAGAGCCGACAAAUUCAAACAGUUCAUGCACAACUUCAGAGAGGUGUGUGUUAAGCAGGACGGGGAGCUGAACUUCCGUAACUUCACUCUGAUUCAGCUGAAUGAGGAGUUUUCUCGGGGUCGAGGGCUGGAUGUGGGCGCUCGUGCUUGGAAGGGAGGCAACGUGCUGCUCUUCUUCUGUGACGUGGACAUCUUCUUCACAGCCGACUUCCUGGACACAUGCCGUCUGAAUGCCCAGCCUGGAAAGAAAGUGUUUUACCCUGUUCUCUUCAGCCAGUAUAACCCAGCUGUAAUCUACGGCAGUCAUGAUCACAUCCCCCCUGUGGAACAGCAGCUGAUCAUUAAGAAAGACACUGGCUUUUGGAGGGACUUUGGCUUUGGAAUGACCUGCCAAUACAGAUCCGAUUUCAUCAAUAUAGGUGGUUUUGAUGUGGACAUUAAGGGCUGGGGCGGCGAGGACGUCCACCUGUACAGGAAGUACCUCCACAGUAACCUGCUGGUGGUGCGCGCCCCGUCCCGCAGCCUCUUCCACCUGUGGCAUGAGAAGCGCUGCGCUGACGGAUUGCCCCUGGACCAGUACAAGAUGUGCAUGCAGUCUAAAGCUAUGAACGAGGCCUCGCACGGCCAGCUGGGCAUGCUGCUCUUCAGACACGAGAUCGAGGCGCACCUCCGCAAACAGAAGCAGCGGAGCAGAGCUAAAAAACCUUGAUGGAUGUCACCUCUUCUUUAUAUACUCUUAAAGGGACAGUUGGCACAAAAAUGAAACAUUUACGAAGCCUCAUGACAUUUGACGUCGUUUGUUCUGUGGAAGCAGAGCUCUGGUGGUUUUUUCACUGUUUUUACAGCGAAUAUUGACUGAAGCUUCGAAAAAGCACCACAAAAUCAUUAAAAAUUAGUGGUGUGAAACGAGU